AACAAGUGUCUCUGAGUAACCUAGAUACUUGCGAAGUGGAAUUGUUGCGCGCUUGAUGCAGCACUUGAAUGUUGUUUAUUAAAUAGAUUAUGGAGAUUCCCCUUAUUUUUACCCCUGGAGUACUAAAAACGUUAAAAGAUGCAGUACUGUGUUGUAUUCUGUUAUGUAGUAACCAUUUGACAUACUAAUUCAAUAUUGUGCUUGGCAAUGGGACCUUGUUGAGUUAUACUUAAACCGGUGAAGUGAAUGUCGUAAUGGGUUCUGUACUAGCAUAUUUAUAUAGUAGGCCUGGAUGGGUAUACACUGUUAGAAUUCUACAUAUGUAAAGUAUUACAUCAGCUUUCCGGCUGAGGAAACGCAUGAAGUAUAUUAUGAAGCUUGCGUACCUGUCUCCAUCAGCAGUUAUUCUGUUCCUAGCUUUAUUUUAUCGUCCAGAAUGGGUAUUAUUUCUGUUGUUUGUUGGUGCUGCAGUGGUAGUGAUAACUUUUGCUAUAUCUGCUUUUAUUGGUGCUCAUCUCAAGUCUUUAUCAAAAAUCCAAAGAAAGCAAGUGAAGUCACAGGAUCUUGAAGCUCUCAGAAAUUUCUUUACACAAGUGGAUCCAAAGCCAGUAAAACCAAGACGCUUACCUGUUAUUUUUGGGCGGAUGAUAGAUGAUGCGCUUCAACACUUGCUAGAUUUGGUUUUGAGAGAUUUCAUUUGUAAUGCCCUAAACAGUAUUGGCUUAAGCACAGAGGAAUUGUCACAAGAAAUUAAGGAGGAUAUGUGGAAAGUUGUGUCAAAUCUCCAGGAGAGGAUGUCUAAAGUUGAUCCAUCAAAGCUUGUUGCUGUAGACAUAGUUUGUAAAGUGACAAAACACUUUGAAAUGAUACGAAAAGUACAAAUUAUGGAAGAUGAAGAGAAGGCUGCCUAUCACUUACCUCCUCAUGUGUUGUCGGUGGAUAAAGAACGUGCCUUUUUACGAAAAUUCACUGAGAAUGCAAUGGAAUUGCUGUUUCCUCAGGGUUAUACAGAAACACGAACCAUCAAGCUGUUACUGAGAGAGCUAAUUACCUGUAAAGUACUUCACCCAGCUAUUGAAAUUAUCACAGACCCUGAUUACAUUAACCAAAGAAUCCUCCUCUACAUUCAACAUCAAGCUCAGAAAGAGACAAUUCGAAAAAAAUCAUAUACCUAUGCUCCAAGCUUUCAGGAUUUCUUAAAAAUGAUUAAGGAAACGGAUGACCCAGAAGUUUUGAAGCAUAUAAGAUAUAAUAUAGUAACUGAAAUCAUACAGGCAACCAAAAUUCAGAGUUUGAAAAGCUCUACAAAUUUGGCGCAAACUAAGGAUAUAUUUGGCCACAUUGGUAGUAAAAUUGAUCUUGGUCUAAAGUUACAGGCAAGACAAAUGAAGCGUUACAUGAAUCAACUAACUUAUGCUAAAGCACAAUGUGAGAAACGUUUAGUGAGCCUUGGCUGGACAGAUUAUGCUGUUGAAGAGGCAGUUGAAGCUGCAACUGUUGAAGCAAGAAAGAUGUUGUCUUUACAUGAAGUACUUGGCACUGUGGUGGGUAGAGAACAUCUGAUGCAGUACCUGGAACAAGUAGGUAGCAAGGCACUGCUUAGUUAUUGGAAUGCUGUUGAAGAACUACGGCAGGCAAAACGGAGUGACCUUCACCAGCUUGGUACUGAAAUAUUCUACACCUAUAUAAACACGCCAUCACCAGAAAUUCGAGUUGACAAGCCAAUCUUGAAGAGAAUGGAGGCAUUUCUCUUAGGUGAUACAGGACCAGAAGUAUUUUAUGAGGUACAGGCUCAGAUAUUGGCCAACUUGGAAGAAAAAAUAUUCCCCUCAUUUAUUGUGAGUGAUGUAUAUCCAAAAAUGUUACUUGCUAUGGAGAACCAUGAUGAAACAGAUGAAGCAGUUGAUGCCUCACUUCUCGAUUCAGAUGAUACAAGCGAUGUGACAGACAGCAUGGACAGUGGCACAUUAGAGAUUGCUGACCAGUCCAGCUAUGCACGGAAAAAGAUAGAUGAAAUACAACAGAAAUUGAACAACAAAAUGCAAGCACUGGAAGCUUUGCGAUCAUCUCUGAAACCUGAAUCAAAAGUGCUGGCUACUCUGGAAUCUGAAGUAGAGAGCUUACAGGGAGAGAAACGGCAGCUGGAGGCCCAUCUGUCACGAACAGAGGCAUGGAGUGAGCACCUUGGCAGGUGGCGGGCUGUUGUUCAGUCUGCAGAGCUUUCAGAAGACCGUGAAUGCCCACAGUUUGUGCUGGUGGUUCAUGUUAUGGAAGAUGAGAGUGACUGUGAUGCAGUAUCAACAGGCUGGGUAGUCCUGCGAAAACUUAAUGAUUUCCAGGAUCUCCACAAAAAACUAUGCCAGCUCAGUUCAGAUGUUAAGCAACUUGAACUUCCUUCCCAAUCUUUGACGUUUCUCAGGUUUGGAAAAACAUCAGUGAAGAAUGCUCUUGAGAAAGCAAGACAACAGAUACAGAAAUAUUUGAAGUUUGUCCUCGAGGAUGACAGACUCAACCAGAGUGAGGCACUAUAUGCGUUCCUAAGCCCCAGCUCUGAACAUCUAAAGCAUAUCGCACCAUCUCCAAGAAGAUCAAAAUUUUCUCUUUCUACAUUGUUCAAAAUUGGUUCAGAUCAUAGCCCUGAAACUACUCCAGCUUCUGGUGGAACAGGACGUGAGAGUGGUGAUGAAGAAGUGACACUGCUUUUAGAUAAUGAUGUAGGAAAUGGACAGCCCAAUCGUGGAGUUGGCCCAUUGGCUAUAGGAGACACAGCAGCUCUAGACGGAAUUGCUGAACCACUCUACAGACUACUUGAGGAGUUAUUUGACCCUGGAAUGUUUCGCUGGCUACGCAAGACACUUAUAAUGUUUGUACAAAUUACUUACAACAAAUCCAUUAAUAGGCAGGUGUGUGAAACAGUGACAUGGUUGUUUUCUGAAUCAAUGGUUUAUUACUACAUUCAGAUUAUCAGUAAAGCAUGGUGGCCUAAUGACAAACUCAUUGCUCCUUCAUCACCAAAAACAGAAGAGCAAAAACUGGAAACAAGAUCUGCAGCGCGGGAGGAGCUUUUGAACAAUAUUCCAGAUUUCCUUAGUACGUUAGUUGGGCAACAGUGUGCACAAAGAGGAAUGUCAAGAGUUUUUGAAGCACUGCAGGACCAACGGCUCAACAAAAAACUCUUUUACGACAUUUUUGAGGUAGUUGUGCAUGAACUAUGCCCAGAGUGGAAGCAACAGUAACAUAUGUGGAGCCCAAAAGAGAAAUGAAGUUUUAAAACAUUUUAUUUACAUUCCUAUGUGCCAUGACAGGGAUUUUAUGUGUAUUUAUGUCUAGAUAGUGGAAAAGAUAUUUUUAUUAUACAAAUAAUUUAUUGAACUAUGCUGCCAAAGAACACUAGUGAGUGUUUUAUGUACAAUAAAUUAUUAUUGUUACAUUUAUUGAAUGUUAA